UCACUUUAUGUCAUUUUCCAAACAUGUCACUGCAUACUUCAAAAUUCAUCAAAAAUUCCUGUGAAUGCACCUAAAAUCCCGAAACGAUCUCUCUUAUAGAUCAUCGAGAGGCCAAUUCAGAGAAUAGUACCAGUCUUUCAAACAAAAAUGGCAGAUUAUUGUACUUUCACUGCCCGUAGCCGUGGGGAAGCAAAGGAGGGAACAUCGCCCUAUAACCCUCGAAACAUGAAUGCUCCAACCAUCGUUAUUCAUCCUCCAUCCAUAAGUAUGGAUGAAGAUAAUAAUCCAGAUUGCUGUGAACCCCAAGACCCACCCAUUCACAGAAGAUUGAAAGAUCGCACAAUAACAACAGCUCCAUAUCGAGGCCAGGACGACCUUAGAGGUAUCUCACCGAGUACACCAAGAACACGAACUAGUCCCCAAAACUUGGGUGGAACUUUCGUAGCUAGCAGGAGAAACAUGCAAGAUACUACAUUCAGUCCCAAUUUUCAGUCAUCUGCAAUUCCAUCACCUCCCAAUGUUACCAGAGACGUGACCCCGCCCCAUAUGAGAGAUCUGAGAUAUGAUACUUGUGUCACCCCCCCUGUGGGUUUCGAACAAUUCUCCCAAUUUGGCACCACUUAUGACCAACCUCCACUCAACAGUACUUACACUAAAACAUCAAGCUUUCCAACAGAAACUACAUCAGGUUCCGAUUUUUUAACCUCUGGUGAGUACUCGGAUCAAGGACCUUGGAAGAAUUUCGCCAUUCCAAAGAAACUGAAGAAGGUAAACAUAGCACCAAGUGCCCAUAAAACGUAUCCUAGGAGUGCUGUACCUCCCCCAUCCAGAAAUUACUCAACUUAUAACGAUAAACAGCCUAUUCUAGACGUGAAAGAGGUAGCAGCACACCGAAAGAAAGCACCGAGAUUUUAUAGUACUCCUACUACGACUGGCAUGAUAAACGACGGCACUGGCAUAAGCUCAGUAUGGGGACAAGAUAUGAACUCUGUGAGUGGUAGUUACGUUGAUAGCUCAAUUGGUUGGACUCAGGGGGUAAGAAUGGAUUCCUUUAACGCUUAUAGGCAAAUGACUCCUUCUCCCAAGAAUGUCCAGGUACCUCCACGUUAUAACGCAACACAAAUACUCGGCACCAAGAAGCCAACCAGGAUCCCCGCUGCUCAUGCUACCCACACCUACUUACAAAACCCAUACCCUAACGUGCCCAACAUAAUGCUUAACCCUUCUGCUGAAAGUUCUAGGAUAAACGCUACAAGAACUAUAAAUAAAGCAGGACCAGCAAAUAUGACAGUAACUAUACCACCCCAGGAAGGAAAAGGUUUCUGUGCUCCUUGUUCAGAACCAGAAAAUAUGACAGUAACUAUACCACCCGAGGAAGAAGAAGGUUACUGUGCUCCUUGUGCUACUGGGGAAUCUUCUUGUCUUGAAGAUGAGGAAGCAGCUAAAAGGAAAGAUGCAGGGAAGGAUGUAGGAAAAGAUUUCUGUACGGUGUUAGAGAUAAGAACCCCAUGUGCCAAUAAUACUUCUAAACCAGAUAAUCCCUUGAAUCUAUCCAUUCACGUUACUUGUACUGAUCCCACUUACCUAGUUACACCUGAUAAGCGAUUCAAUGUUAUAGGUCACAAUUCAGCUCCUAAAGUGAAACCAUGUGUUGAACCCCAAAAACAAAUAGAUGAUGUACCAUCAGAUUGCCGAUGUGAAUAAAGAUAUUCCAAUUUUAAAUGUUAGAAGAAGAUAAUAAAAUAUAAACUUCAUUAUGAUA